AUGUGGUUCGGAUUUGCCGUUACUUUCAUCUUACAAUUACUAUUCAGACCGUUUGCAAUCAAAACAGAAGAUUCAUCAAACAUUACCGUUAUACUUGGUAGUUAUCUAAUGAUACCGGCAAUUGUUACAUUUUCUGCUCAUUAUUUUUGGUUUAUUAUUCAAAUUGGUUGCCAUUGUUUUCGGUUAGAACAAGAAUCGCACGAUUGUCAAUGUUGUUCUACUGACAGCAUGAAGAAAAAUUGUAAAUGUUGUCUCAUAAAACAACAAAAAAUAAAAAAUAAUCAAUUUAUUGAUAAUUCAUUGUUAUUUUUUAUUGAUAUGAAGCCUCAUAUUGAUUUCAACACAUUAACUAAAGGUUAUAUUAGAAAACAGUUAAUUAUAAACCUACGUUUAAAACAAUUAUUACGAAUAAUGAUAACAGUCGUAACACUUGCUUAUGCCAUCUAUUAUAUUUGGUCUAGAAAAGAAUGGUUCAAUUGUUUUAUCAUAUCAGCUGGACAGGUACCAUUAGCGAUGAUGUGGUUACUUCAUAUUCUACAUCUAUUUGCCAUCAUUUCAUUUAUUUUUUUUAAACUUUAUUGUGAUGGAGAUAAGGAUUUAUCAUUGUCGAAUGAUCAACAUAAAUAUGAUACUUCAAUAGCGAAAAAGGAAUGGCCAAUGUGGUGUUUAGUUGUGUGUCAAUUAUGUCUACCAUUAAUAUGUCAAAUCAUUGCACUAUGUCCUAUUAAAAUUGAAAUUAAAAGUUUGUUUUGGAUAAUGUUUGUUGUUCUACUUACGAUUUUUCAUCAUCGAUGGGAUCAUAUUUCGGAUGAAAACACUUUUUAUAUUCGAAAUUUGUGCUGUUGUGAUGGUCCAAUAGAUAUUUAUUUUCAACAUAAUAAAGAGGAAACGCAAAAAUAUAAUAUUAUUCUUCGAUUUAAAAUAUUUAUCACACUAAUAUUAAGUGUUAUGUGUACAUGUGUAGCGUUUAUUUUACAAACCGAUAUUUUACCACAAUCACAAAAAAAUAUCGGUAUUGCCAUGAUUAUUAUUAUUUUCAUAUUUCAAAUAGUUCUCUUAUUGCCACCAUUCAUCAAAUGUUAUUCGAUUAGUUUUCUUAAUAUGCAAACAUUAACUAUUGAACUAAUGCACUGUUUAAUGAAUGUAUUCUGGUUCAUAGGUUUCAUAUUUAUAAUAAGAAUAUCAUCGAUUGAAACUAAUUCUAAAGCAUUAUUUUUUCUCCUAUGUCCACUCAUUUAUACACUUAGCACAUUAUUCUACUAUAUUUUGCAUUUUGUAUUCAGAUACAGAAAUAAGUCAAAAUAUCCUCAAUCAGCCAUUGAAGAAUGGACAAAUAGUCAUCAUUCUGUUAGUAUUUAUGUUGGAGCAUUUUAUCUUAUGUUUAUUUUACUUGCUAUAUUAGGCUUUGCCGGGCUAACAAUUUUAACGAAUACUGUUUAUUAUGAUAAAUCACCGUAUGUGAAUACUCAAAAUAUUUCUGGUAAUUAUUUAUUAAAACAAGAUUAUUUUGAUCCUAGUUUAACAUCAUGGAAUACAAAUCGAAUGGAAGCAUGUAAUUGGCAAUUUGAUUCAACAUUAAAUAUUCAAGAUAUGAUACUUUUAGCAGCAUUAGCCUAUAUACCACCUAAUCAGUUACAAAAAGAGUUUAAACAUCUAUUUCCAUUGGAUUAUCAAUUAUGUUCUGAUAAUGGUACAUGUUAUAAUUAUCAAGAUCUAGGUUUUGGCAGUGUGACUUAUUUCACUGUUACAACGCCAACAAUGGUUAUUGUAUCAAUUCGUGGUACUUUACUUGCUUAUGAAUUUUUGAUUGAUGCGGACAUGUGGAUUGAAUCGAUUAUAUAUCAAUUUAUUUCCAUUUUAUUUCCUUGGUCUCGACUAUAUCCAGAAGAUUUUAAUUCUAAACUAAUUCAACAUUUAUCGUUGUUAGAACGACUCGUAGGUAGAAGUAGUAAAGAACAAUCCAAACGUUUUUAUGUUCCUCAAAUGAUUAAAAUUCUUCAAAAAAUUCGUCAAAAAUUUCACAUGAAAAAAUCGUUUGUCGUCGUUGGCCAUAGUCUAGGAGGUGGGCUGGCAAAACUAGCUGGAAUAGCACUGAAUAAUACCGAUGUUUUAGUGUCGGUAAGUGGUCCUGGCAUCACUUAUGCUCAUUCGAAAAUUGAAGAGACAAAACAUUUUACAAUGGAAAUGAUUAAUAAACGUGUUUUUAAUAUAUUUCAUGAUCGAGACUUGGUACCAUGGUUUGAUAAACAAGAAGGUUUAACACAAAUAGUUAGUUGUCCAAAAAAGUUUAAUCGUUUCAAAUGUCAUACAGCAACGAGACUAUUUUGUAAUGUUGUUAAAAUAUGUGGAAAUCCAAGAAAUUUUACCAUAAAUCCAGCUAUAUGCGAAUGA